UUAUGAUAACAAUUAUUACACAAACUAAGAGAGGCCUGCUGCACCAUGGAGUAAAUGACAAAAGAAGCAUUAAGUUGUUUAAAACCAUAAUAAGAAUUGUUAUGCAUUUUAAGUAAAGGUUAAAAUGACAGUCUGUGGCUUCUUUUUACAAGGAAGGUGCCGUUUUGGUGACAAAUGCUGGAAUGAACAUCCCAGAGACGCUAGUCAUCACCAGCAACAACCGAGUCGAGGAGGAGGAGGAGGAGGAGGAGGGUUUGGCAACAGAGUCUGGGUCAAUCCGUCCCAGAGGUCUCAGAACUCUGAGUAUAUUCAGCCCUCUACUUUCAACAAGCAGGCAGACUGGGGGAGAGGGAGAAGCGGCCGAGAUGAGGGGAGGAACAGCUUUGGUGGACCUUCAGGAUUUGGGAAUCAGGAUGGAGGCAGGAAAGGAUUUUCAAACUCGGGAGCCUCAGGUUUCAGUUUUUCCACAGAGAAUAGAUUUUCCGCUUUGAAUUCCCAGAAAGAUUUUGAAGGAGGCAGCCAAGGAGAUGACAUUGAACAUCUUCUGGAAACAAUCAAACAUGACAUGGAAAUUUGGGAAAGCUCCAAUCAAUGGCCUUUCUCAUGUUAUUCUGUUGCCAAGGAAAAACCUUUUAUAUCAGGGUUUUCUGACAUCUCACCGGAAGAACUCCGACUGGAAUACUACAGUGGAGUGGCUGCAGGCAAUUUACAGAAUUACGCUAAUUCUGUGCAGCAGUUAGCAAAUCAAUUUAAAAACAGAUUAUUGGAGUUAAAGACACAGAAUUCAACAACAAGAUCAUCUUUGAUUGCAGAACUGAACAGUCCCAAACAGAACAUCCCAGCAGCUGGGUUUGGGACAAAACAAGCCUCUACAUUUGGGUCAGCAGGUUUUGGAGCAAGUGAACCAACUAGUGGCAGCAGCAGCAGCUUCAGUUUCAAAUCCAGUGGUGGGUUUGGAAGUGCACCCCCUGGUGGUACAACUGUGUUCGGCAGCUCCCCAGCACCACAGAAGCAGCCAGCAUUCGGGGCUUCGGGAACCACUCCCUCUGCUGGUUUCGGAAGCUCCUCCUCCACACCUUCUGCUGCCUCUUUCUCCUUCGCUGCACCUACAGCAGGGAAAGAGCAGCCUUCUGGCUUUGGCAGCGUGCAGCCCCCAGGCUUUGCUGCCCCAUCUGGUGGAUUCGGGAGCAGCUCAGGGUUCGGGGCUCCCUCCUCGAGCUCCUCUGGGUUCGGUGGUUCCUUUGGCUUUGGGGGACCAUCCUCUGCUUCCUCAGUAUCUGGAAGUUCCUCUGUACCUUCAGCAAAUGUUUUAGGCAGCACCAGCACAGGGGCUUCCUCUGCUGCUUCUGGCAAGUUAUUCACACCACAGGGCGAGCUAACGGCAGAAGAGCUGAAGGAGUUUAGAGAAAAGAGGUUCACCCUGGGCAAGAUUCCACUGAAGCCACCUCCAGUGGAGCUCCUGGUGGUUUAAGUUUGAACAUUUUUGAUCGUUGAACCUUUUGAAGUUAAUCAUGUGUUUGGCUGCUUGGCCUUUUGAUAAAAGAAAUUUUAACAAGAUACAAUAAACAAUCAUUAAAUAAACAAGAAUAAAGUAAAGAUAUAUUGUAUUAUUUGUAAGGGCAUGUAAUAAAGUUGUGGUACAGUUAUAUAGCAUGCUGCAGACGGAGUGUCACACUUGGCAAGACAAGUGUGACACUCCCAGUGUGCAGCAUGCUAAAUAACUAUUGUAAAACUACUGUAUUUAUUCAUUCAUGUGGAUAUAUUUUAGGAAUGGGGGAAUAGGGGUGGAACCCAAUAUUUCUUAGUAACGUUCCUCUUUUGCCACUGUUAAUUUAUGCCUUUUAAAAUACAAUGUAUGGUACACUAUCACAUGUAAAACUACAGUGUUUUUUGUAAACUCAUUUUACUACAGGCUUGGCACUAUUUAUAAGUUAGUUACCACAUACAGCACUGUGUUUGUUUCAAAUAUGUUUUAUCCUACAAUGAAAAAAAUAAUAAAAAAGAAACAUACUA